AUGAGAAAGCUACAAGGUAGAGACAGGGAAAACAAUGGUUCACUUAUAGUCAAUGAACUUACAGAAGCAGAAAGAAGAUGGAUUAUAUAUAUACAGAGAAAACAUUUCGGCGAAGUGUUAAGUGCAAUUCAAAACAGCCAAUGCAGAAUUUGCAGACGUUACGAAGGAGGACCCUAUAAGCUGCCUGUGAUGCCACCUCAUCCUAAAUCACGAGUGCCAGAAACUCCUCCGUUCACACACACAGGAUUGGAUUAUUUUGGUCCAUUAUAUGUGAAAUCAGCAGACGGAAAGACUAAAGUCUUGGUAUGUUUAUUUACCUGUAUGGUCACUCGAGCUAUACAUCUUGAACAUGUACAGAACAUGUCAUCAGAAGAAUUUCUUCUAGGUUUUAGGCGUUUCGUGUCUCAGAGAGGUGUGCCUAACGAGAUCAUUUCAGAUAACGCUUUGCAGUUCAAGACAGCCAGUAGAACAUUAGAUAUACUUUGGUCUAAUAUUGUGACACGUGCAGAAUUAUUCUUCGGAGCAAAGAAUCAACUGGAAUUUCAUAGUAGAAUUGGCACCCUGGAUGGGUGGAUUCUACGAGAGAUUAGUGGGUGGAAUAGGCUAGUCAAUUUAUGGCUGAAAGGACAAAACGCUUUUUGGCGCAUAUGGCAAGAAGAGUAUUUGCUUGGCCUUAGAGAAAGAGCUCAAGUGAAAUUAAAAUCAAAGAAAAUUGUUAGUGUUAUGGAAUCGAGUGUCGGUGAUAUUGUGAUCAUUAAGGACGAACUUCCAAGGUCUAGUUGGAGAAUGGGUCGAAUAGAGGAAACGCAACAAAGCAAGGACGGCAAAGUACGAUCAGCGUAA